AUGGACUCUGCUCCAAUCACCGCAGCUCGCAUCAACAAGUUCUCGGGAACGAACUUCCACACAUGGAAGUUCAAGAUGCGGAUGGUGCUUGAGGAGCGGGACCUGUGGGAGGUCGUGAGCGGCGAGGUCAAGCUCGAGAACUGCACCAGCAAUCUUGAUCAAGCAACGUUCAAGAGGAAGUCGCGCAAAGCGCUCGCAAUCAUCUGUCUCGCAAUGGAAGACUCGCAGCUACCAUUGGUCCGGUCAGCUAGUGACGCGCAUGAUGCAUGGUCAAGACUGGAAGGACACUUCGAGAAGAGGAGCCUGGCCAACAAGCUCUUCCUUCGUCGACGCUUCUUCACGACGAUGAUGGACGAAGGUGAUGAUGUGCUGGAGCACAUCAACAGACUCAAGACGCUGGCGGAGCAGCUCGACGCAGUGGGUGCUCCGGUCAGCGAGGAUGACUUGGUGAUCACGCUUCUAGCCAGCCUCAGCGAGUCGUAUCAGUUCCUGAUUACAGCAUUGGAGUCGAGAGCCGACUCAAUCACGUGGGAGCUGGUGACGUCUCGUCUACUGCACGAAGACAUGAAGCGCAAGGAACAAGGUGGCGGAAUUGAAGGAUCCGCGCACAGUCAAGCUCAAGCAUUCAUGUCUCGAGAUAACAAGCGCAAGGCUCGACCGAUGAAGAAGACCGGUGCGUGCCACAAGUGUGGAAAACAAGGACACUGGAUUGCGGAAUGCCCUUCGCGGAUCCAAGAAGACGCUGGUAGACAGAGGUUCCAGCGUGCGAAUAUCGCGCAAGAAGAAGAGCUUGGCGAUUAUCUUUUCUCGGUUGGUGGUGACAUACCAAGUCGAGCAACAUGUGGCUGGUCGACUCGGGUGCGACGCAGCACAUGA